AUGUACAAAUCGUUUCUCGAUGACUUGAAAUCAAAGUCGUUCGAUAAGAAGAAACACCCCAAUGCAUACUCAAAGUCGUUUGCGGACAUCGACGACCAGAGCUUCGACCGCAUCACCGACGAGGACAGGAAGGAGGUCUCGUGGUCUUCGCAGUACGACCCAGUGACCAGAUCGCCUUUCGCCAAAGACGUCAUCCACCUCCACUCAUUAUUGGACGCCUUGCUCGCCUCCAAGAACUUCGACAGAGCCGAACGCAUCUUGGGCGCCAUAUACCCGCUCUUGUCCAACCCCGAGUCGUUUAUCUUCACCUUGAACGAGUACCUCAAGCUGUGGGCCCUCGAAGACACAACCACCCUAGACGAUGUCGAGGCCAGCUUGUCCAAGUUCACCACCAAGUUCCCAGCCACCAGAUUGAACGAUAGAACCUACGCCAUCCUCCUCACAAAGUACAUGAGCACAAACACUCCUUACAUCGAUUACAUCUCCAAGUUCACUGUGCAGAAAACCAGACAAAUAUUCACCCAUAUUGAUAUCAUUGGCACGGAAGGUUUGAUGGAAAUAUUCAAGCAUCCAGAAAUAUCAGAGAGCCAUGUUCCCAACGAUUUCAUCCAUUUGUUCAAACAGGUCAGAGGUGAGUUGGUUCAAGACGUCCCUCAGUACUUCACCCAGGACUUACAAGCCCCUACUAUAGAGAAGGACAGUGAGGACUUGAAACCAGUGGACUCGUUCGGUUUAAAAAUCAUUAGACAUACUUUACUUGGUUUGAAAGAAGAAACCGGGUCUGGAGAAUUUGAAGCAAUUCUCAAAGAUCUUGAAAAAGAUUUAAAUGGUCAUUUAUUGCAUAAUGCUUCAGAAACUCCCAUGUCCUCCAAAAGAGAUUACUUCCAACUUUACAAGACCCUCAAGACUCAAGAACAGAAAGACAAGUUUAACGAAGCAUUAGAUUUAUUUAACGAAGCAAGACAGAGACAGUUAGAAAUCAGAGGUGUUGAUGGUGCUAAGGAGAAAUGGAAGCAUGAAUUCGAGGAGAUGCAGAAGAGAGGAGGUAUCAGUCUCAACAAAGGCUUGAAUGCCCAGUUAUUCAAGUGGUACUCCGAAUUCUUGCCCUAUGUCGAAGAAGAAAUCAAACAAUGUCAAAACAUCUUACUGGGAACCAUCGAUAAGGAGGGACUUUCAGCAGAAGAAUUAAAAGUGAUCAAGGAAAGAGAGUUUUAUGCCCCAUACUUAGUUCUCGUUCCGCCUCAAAAGAUGUGCGUCGUCACUAUAUUAGAGCUUUUAAAAUUAACCUCUACUGGAGGUAUUGAUAAUGGUAUGAGAGCUGCCAGAGCAUUGAUUUCAGUUGGUAAAGCAAUUGAACUCGAAUACAGAUCACAGGCAUUGGUGAAUACCGAAAAGAAGGUCUAUUCCAAAAAGUUAAAGACCACUAACCAAUGGAAGAAAUUGUUGAGAAAGAAAAAGAAUGUCAUUCUUGAUUCAACUACCAAUCAACCAAAUGACUGGAGCUACACUGUAUAUGCCAAGAUUGGAGCAGUGUUAGUAUCAUUAUUAAAGCAUGUGGCAAAAGUUCCAGUUAAAGGAAUUGAUCCCACCACUGGAAAGUCUAUCACCGGUAGUCAACCAGCUAUUCAUCAUACCUAUAAAUACUCCAAUGGCCAGAAGUUGGGUGUAUUUAUUAUUCAUAAGGAAGUGGUUAAGCAAUUAGCUGGAAAAUCGUUCAGCAAUUGUGUUCAACCACAAUUAUUACCCAUGUUAGUACCACCUAGACCUUGGAACUCAUACAAUGACGGUGGUUACUUGUUCUCUCAAACACAAUUGGUAAGAAUUAAGGAUUCGGUAGAAACUUCGGCAUACUUGAAGGCUGCAUCCGAAAUGGGUAAUUUGGACGAAAUCUACCAAGGCCUUAACGUUUUGGGGAAUACUGCAUGGACUGUAAAUAGAAGAGUUUUGGAUGUCAUCACAAAGCAUUGGAAUACUGGUAAGGAAUUCCUCGAUAUUCCACCUAUUAUCGAGGAACCAAACUUGCCAAAGGCUAUUCCUCUUGAUGCGGAACCAAACGAAAAGUUCGAAUACCAGAAGAAGGUGAGACAAGCUAUCAAUGAUGCAGCCUCUGCCAAAUCUCAAAGAUGUGAUACCAAUUACAAAUUGGAAAUUGCUAGAGGUUUUCUAGGUGAAAAGUUGUUCUUUCCCCACAAUGUCGAUUUCAGAGGAAGAGCAUACCCUUUGUCUCCGCAUUUUAACCACUUGGGUAACGAUUUGACCAGAUCUUUGUUCUUAUUCUGGGAAGGUAAGGAAAUAGGUGAGAAUGGUUUAAGAUGGUUGAAAAUCCAUUUGGCGAACGUGUUCGGUAUCGACAAAGCCCCAUUGGCUAAACGUGUGGAGUUUGUGAAUGAAAACCUUGAAAACAUUUUCCAGUCUGCUCAAAAUCCUUACGACCCUCAAGCAUGGUGGCUAAAGGGUGAAAAACCUUGGCAAGUAUUGAGUGUUUGUUUCGAGUUGAACGAAGCAUACAAGAUGUCUGAUCCUACUAAGUUCGUUUCGCAUAUUCCUGUUCAUCAGGACGGUACUUGUAAUGGUUUGCAACAUUAUGCUGCCUUGGGUGGUGAUAUCGAAGGUGCUAGACAAGUGAACUUAUUACCAGCAGACAAGCCUCAAGAUGUUUACUCAUUCGUUGCCUCUUUGGUGCAAAAGAGAAUUGAUAGUGAAGCCGAAGAAGGUAACAAGUAUGCUUUGUUCCUUCAAGAUAAAAUCACAAGAAAGGUAGUUAAGCAAACUGUUAUGACCAAUGUGUACGGUGUUACCUUUGUUGGUGCUGCUGCACAGAUCAAGAAACAACUUGACCAUCAUUUUACCAAAGAUAUGGAAGAGGACGUUGUUGAUUACGCUAGAUACUUGACUUUACACGUGUUUGCAUCGGUGAGAGAAUUGUUCGAAGGUGCUCAUCAUAUCCAAGAUUGGUUGGGAGAAUCAGCCAAGAGGAUCAGUAAAUCUGUUAGAAUUGAUUACGAAGAUUCUCAAGUUGCCAACAAACCUAACCAUUUGUCUUCGGUGAUCUGGACCACGCCAUUAGGGUUACCAUGCGUUCAACCAUACAGAGUGGCCAAGAACCAAUUAAUCAAGACUAACUUACAAGAUAUUUCGAUUUCGGAUCCAUUUGGAACUUCCCAAGUUGAUGCUAGAAAGCAACAAGCGGCUUUCCCACCUAACUUUGUUCACUCUUUGGACGCUACCCACAUGUUGAUGACUUCUAGAUCAUGUGGUGAAAAGGGACUCUCUUUCGCCGCUGUUCAUGAUUCCUACUGGACCCAUGCUUCCGAUGUGGAUAUUAUGAAUGCUGAGAUCAGAAAUCAGUUUGUGAAUUUGCACAAGAGCAACUUGAUUAACCAAGUUAGAGACGAAUUCGAGAAACGUUACAAGGAUUGCCUCCAAGUCAUUUUGAUUCCUGGCGACCACGAGUUGGCCAAGAAAAUUAAGGACAUCAGAAGGAACAUUGUUAAGAGUUUGGGGAGAGCAUUGACUGUUGCAGAUGAAAUCUAUUUGGAGAAGAAGAGAUUGCAACUCUUGGGUUCUAGUGAUCCAUCUGUUGUUCAGACCGGUAAGGAAAUGAUUACCACUGUCAGCAUUACUGAAGGCUACAACGUAGAAGAGUUGACAGUCAGCAGUGCCAGCUCUAAGGCCUUCCAAAUUUUGGUUCCUUUGAAGUUCCCUGAGGUUCCAGAAAGAGGUGAUUUAGAUGUUGAGUUAGUCAAGGAGUCAGAUUAUUUCUUCUCCUAG